AUGUCAAGAGGGCCCUACCAAUAACGACAUUAGAUAUUAGUGCUUUAAUAAAAUGUAAAAUAAGAGGAAGCACUUAUUGAGUUUUACGUAUAUUAGGACCUAUAAAAUCUCAUUAAUUUAUUAUUUUCAAGGGAAGCAGUACUAGAACAUCUUUAGAAUGAUUAGAAUAAUCCAAUGGUUACUUUGAGUAAUAACAAAGUUAUUUUAUAAUUCAAUUUAUCAAGUGGAAUUCAUCAAGAUUUAAAAAAUUAAUAUCAACAUAAUCGUUAAUUAUCAGAUAAAUUAAGAUCUGAAAAAAUGAUUGCAUUAAGAACACUCAACUAUGUAGUUAAGUUAGAUAUUAAAAUAACUAAUAAGAAUUCUUAUAUGAUCCAAUCAGAAAUUAUUUAAAGUAAUUUAUAUUAAAUUAUGAAUUGGACUAAUCUAAUCAAUUUUAAUUAUAGAAAACUAAUUAUUAAGUUUAAUUUAAUGAGUAAGUUUUAUCAAAAGUUUUAUCCUCAAUGCAAACUAUUGAUUCCUAGACAAAUUAGUUAAGAUAGAAUGGCAACUAUUAGAAACCAACACAUGAAGAAUUAAUAGGAAGAGCAAAGUAAUUGUCUAUUUUAUUUUAGAGACUAUUAUCAUAUGA